AUGGAGAGAACAGAAGACCUUGCCUUCAAGUUAAAUGCUGCUCUGAGGGACAGUAAUAUGAAAGAUGUGCUGGAGCUGCUGGAGAAAGGGGCAGAUGUGAACUCCAAAGCAGGAAGCGGCUGGACACCACUGCAGACUGCCGUGCAAGCUGAUGAUGAGGACCUGGUCCGGCUUCUGCUGGACAAGGGUGCUUGUCCACAUGCCAGGAAGGACAACGGCGGCACUGCAUUUACUGAGGCAGCCAUAGCAGGAAAUGUCAAUAUACUGGAGCUCCUCCUUGAUCGUGGAUUAAAUAUUGAUGACCAUGACGACAACGGCUUCACAGCUUUCAUGGAGGCUGCAUGUUAUGGGAAGGAGGAAGCUUUAAAAUUCCUGUAUAGCAAAGGAGCAAAUGUGAAUUUGAGGAGGGCAGUGAGUGAGGAGAAUGCGAAACUGCAUAAGGGAGGUGCGACAGCGCUGAUGGAUGCUUGUAAGGAGGGCCACUUCUCAGUUGUAAGAACUCUUGUCCAAGAGAUGGGGGCCGACGUGAACAUUCGUGACAACAAAGAUAGGAAUGCCUUGAUCCAUGCCCUCAAGGAGGGCUGUGCCAAGGAAAGACACGAGUCAGCUGUCUCCAUAGGCCUUUUCCUGCUGGGCUGCGGUAUCGAUGUGCACAGCAAAGAUGAAUGCGGGAAAACUGCCCUCAUCCUAGCUGUUGAAAUGCGGAGCCCAGAUUUGGUGAAAGCUUUAUUGGAAAAGGGUGAAAUAGAUAUCGAUGAUGCAGAUGAGGAGGGCAACACAGCACUGAUGGUGGCUGUAGAGAAAAAUGAUUACAACAUAGCAAAGUUGUUGUGUGAAAAAGGAGCAAGGACUGAUGUUGGGGAACUUAUCGCUGUUGCGAACAGGAACCGUGCUCAUAACGUGGCACGUCUUCUUCGCCAGUAUAAUGCCAAGUUUGUUCUAGAAACCUUCGAAGACUGGGAGCCAAACAGCAAAUGCUGGAGGGAGCAGCUGAAAAAACUUUAUAAAAUAUAUCGCCCUAUGAUUGGCAAACUGAAGACAUUUCAGUACAUCCAGCAGAGAAUUCAGAACACUUCCCAGGGUGGCAUCUACCUGGGUCUGCAUGGUGGGACGGAGGUAGCAGUAAGAAUAAGCCGCAGUACAGAGGGUGACAAAGAGAAAAGGUUCUUCGAACAAUGUGGUAACUGUGAACAUCUACUGAAGCUCUUCCAGUUUGAGAAGGCAGGAGGCUACAUGUACCUGUGCUUCCCCCUCUGGGAGAAAAACCUUGAAGAAUGUCUGCAGGAACCAGGAGACCAAAUGGAUUACAAAGAUGCUCUGAGGAUGAUCUUCCAGGCAGUGAGAGAGCUGCACUCCCUCGGAUUUGCUCACCAGGAUCUGCAUCCCAGCAACUUCUUCAUAGAUUUACGUGGCAAAAUUUACCUGGCAGACUUUGAUAAUAGAAGAAAGUUGAUUGAAGGCAAAAAAGAACUUGUAAACUCAGAUUUAGAGGCCCUCAGCAGGCUCGUGCUGUAUGUUUUAACGGGGGGUAGGAAACCCCUUCAGCAAGUCAGUAUUGAGGACUUGGCUGCGGAUUCCCCAGAUUACAAGGAGGCUCUGGACCUUGUAAGUAGCCUGGACUCUCAUGAUGAACGAGGCUUGGAGGGUUUGAGCAAACAUCCCUAUUUCUGGAGCAAACAGACCAGGUUCAAGUUCCUGAAGAGUAUAUGGAAUAAAAUCAAAGAUCUCCGCAACCGAAGAGCUGUCUUUCAAGCUCGUAAUGCUACUGAAAGUUUUCCGUAUCCAUGGUGGACCGAGGAGAUUGACAAAGAUGUUCUGAAUGUCAUGGAAAAUCCUAGGAAUGGAAAACCAUUCCAAUAUAGCAAUGACAUCACUGACCUACUGAGGUUCAUCAGAAACCUGGAUGAACACCCAGAUGCCAGGAUCAGUAACAGAAUAGGAGACCAUGCUGAGUAUUUCUUGAAGCUUUUUCCAGCACUUACCAUUUAUGUCUACAACAGCUUACGCCAGAAUCCCAAAUACAGUCACUUUGCAGACAUUCAAGACUCUUCUCUGUAG